GGAAACAAGCAGCAACUCAUAUGUUUCACAACCUGCUCAAAACUCAGCCAGCCAUCUUUUGUGGAAAAAUCAUUUGUUUCGUGUCGUCAGGGUAAAUUUCACAAUUGUAAUUAAUGUCAGAGCCACAGUCUUCGCUUUUAUUAAAAAAGCAGCUAGCUGAAUUGAACAAAAAUCCAGUGGAAGGUUUUUCUGCUGGGUUGAUAGAUGACAAUGACAUAUACAGAUGGGAAGUCCUCAUCAUCGGUCCUCCAGACACGCUAUAUGAGGGUGGGUUCUUCAAGGCACACUUACAUUUUCCUAAGGAAUAUCCUCUGAGGCCGCCACGGAUGAAAUUUGUUACUGAAAUAUGGCAUCCAAAUAUUGAAAAAAAUGGUGAUGUUUGCAUAUCAAUAUUGCACGAACCUGGUGAUGACAAGUGGGGCUAUGAGAAGGCGUCUGAAAGGUGGUUGCCUGUUCACACAGUGGAGACCAUUCUCAUAAGUGUUAUUUCCAUGUUGGCAGACCCAAACGACGAGAGUCCCGCUAAUGUUGAUGCUGCGAAAGAAUGGAGAGAGCGAUAUUCGGAUUUCAAAAAGAAAGUUGCGAGAUGUGUUAGGAAAAGUCAAGAAGAUUGUUUUUAGGAGAGUGAGGGGAUUUAGAUCACAAAAUAUUAUCAUUGGAAAAGGGCCACGUGACACAACUAUACCAAAACCACACUACAAUGAAUAGUUUUCACGCUAGGUCGCUGCACGCAUCAACCCGUUUUUCACAAACACGACCCGCGUACGCCAAUAGUAGACGAGUGCUCAUUCUGUUUCUUUUUACAGAAAGAAUGGAGAGAAUCAUAUUCGGAGUUUAAAAGGAAAGUAGCACAGUGUGUGAGAAAGAGCCAAGAGGAUUGUUCCUAAGUAACAGUGCCCUUUUUCAUUAAUUUAGUUGGAUAGUGAGUGUUUGGUGAUGCAGUUAGGACGUUGUUGAGAGCAGGCCCCGGCGUGACUCAUAGUGCGGGCCCCCCCACCCGGGCCAGAGACAAUAUUGAAAUUGAUUUAAAAUAAAUACUUAUUGUAAUUAAAUGGUAUCGCUGCCGUAUUUUAUAAAUAAUAAAUUAAAAUAGAAUCCAAGGUCUUUUUCAUCUUUUUUAAGACAUGUUAUGAUAAUGAAAUAUGUAUGGUAAUUUUUUAUAGAAAAACAAAUCUGCAUUUUGUUGUCUUUACUUCCUAAUAUGAUUACAAGUUUGAUCUCUGUAUAGUAGAAACCAAAUCAGAAGUAAUUUAAACGAUAAUUAUUUAUUACGUAUCGCAACUCGCUAUUGUGUAAAAUAUAAACAUGCUAUACUAAGAACAUGGCAAAAUUAUAAAAAAAUGUAAAACAUGCUACCUAUUGAACUUGUACUUUGCAUGAUAAUAAUAAUUGUUAGUUACCGACUCAAUGCAAUGCAUACACAUUGGUAGCUUUUAUAAUGUCGCUUCUCUGAAUUACAAUUUUAUUCUAGUGUAAAUUUAAUACUUAAUUAUAAUUUUUACUGAAUAAAUAUAACUUUUGUAAACUUAUCAUUGUAUCGAUUCUACCUUGCCCUUUUUGCACAUAUUAAUGAAGCACAGAUUGAUAAAUUUGCUGCUGUUACUCUCGCAAAGCGAAAUAAUGUGGUGUAUUACACCAAUACUUGAAAUAAUUUUGCUCAACAUGAAUUUUAUCCUUGGCAGGAAGAUUUGUUUGAUACCUUUUUAGUUUUGUACAUUAGUUCUCAAUAUUGUCAAUUAUGUUUUUGUACAAUUAGAAGAAAAGCUUUGUUACCAUUUUGGAUGUGAAAAUUAUAAUAGUUAUAAAGAUGAUAAAUGAAAACCCCUCAUAUUCGCUCUAUAUCAUCGAAGAUUGAAUUUGUGACGUGUGUAUAUUACUUUUCCCUGUGUAUGUAUAUUUUUUGCUAUAAAAUCAUAAUGCAGUGAUAA